AUGGUUGGGCAAGGGAACCGGACGCUGCAGGGGGCCGCGCAGCGGUGCCCGGGGCCUCAAGCUGGGGAUGAGCUCAUGCCCGAGGGCCGUGGAGCCAGUGGUUUUCAAUGGGGCCAGACUUGGCUGCAGGAAGGCUACCAUGCACAGUCGUUGUGCACCGAGACCUCAAAUACCGUGUGUGCCCGCUGCGAGGACAGCACCUACACCAAGCUCUGGAACUGGGUGAACGAGUGCUUGAGCUGUGACUCCCGCUGCACCUCUGCCUCCUCCUCCCUCAGCUGUGGCUCAGUGGCCAUCCCUGGCAAUGCAACCAUGGAUGCCGUCUGCGCAUCUGUGCCUCCUACCCUGAGGAUGGCCCCACGCCCAGCCCCCACGUCCCAGCCAGCGUCUACACUAUCCCAGCAAGUGGAGCCGACUCCAGGCCCUCACACGGCCCCUAGCACCUCCCUUCUGUUCGUGAUGGUCCCAACCCCCCCAGCUGAAGGGCUCAGCACGGGCGACAUCUCUCUCCUCAUUGGACUGAUUGUGGCUGUGACAACCUUGGGUCUGGUGAUCAUAGGGCUGGUGAAAUGUGUCAUUAUGACCCAGAAAAAAAAGAAGCCCUUCUGUCUACAAGAAGCCAAAGUGCUUCACCUGCCUGCUGACAAGGCCCGAAGUGCCCCCGGCCCCGAGCAGCAGCACCUGCUGACCACAGCGCCCAGCUCCAGCAGCAGCUCCCUGGAGAGCUCAGGCAGCACCGCAGACGGGAGGGCGCCCACCGGGACCCGGCUGCCCGCACCAGGCACGGAGAAGGCCGCCGGGUCUGGGGAGGCCUGGGCCAGCUCCAGCAACUCAGAGCCUUCCUCUGGCAGCCACGGGACCCAGGUCAACGUCACAUGCAUCGUGAAUGUGUGCAGCGCCUCCGACCAUGGCUCUCAGUGCGCCUCCCAGGCCAGCUACACGAUGGGGGACGUGGAUGCCAGCUCCUCCGGCUCCCCAAAUGACGAGCAGGUCCCCUUCUCCAAGGAAGAAUGCCCUUUUCAGUCUCAGCCGGGGGCCCCGGAGACUCUGCUGGAGAACCCAGAGGAGAAGCCCCUGCCCCUUGGUGUGCCUGAUGCUGGGAUGAAGCCCAGUUAGCCAGACUGGCUGGCAUGAGUUGUGUCACGGCCGAGGUGGCUGUUCCCUGGUCCUUCUGGGCCCCCACCCCCCAGGACUCUGGCUCUUUCUGGGCCAAAUUCCUUUAGUGGCCUUCGCAGCCUCAGCCUUCCUCUCACCUGCUGGCAGAAGGGUGAGGCAGGGAGAAUCGUGGAAAACCCGUCCUGCACGGUGUGCUUCCUUCUAGAAGGCUGGCUGACAUGCACGUGCCGGGCAGCCUGGGGCCGGCGCCUGCCUCUCUGAGAGCUGUCCUCCAGCUGGCCCUGUGAAUUGGGCUUCUGGAGCCCUUAUUUUGUUUUUUAUCCUUGGACGCUUCCCAGCUCUGGCUUCCUGGGAGGCCCCAGCAUCCCGGGGAAGAGGGACUCUGUGUGAGUCAUCCACGGAGAAGGGGCAGUGCUUUAGCCGGAAAUGCUGAGACUGCAGGGUGCUCCCAGCGGGGGCGGGGAGGGGGAUGUCAUCGAUCGGAUGGUUCUAUUCAGGAGGGGGCGGCCACCCCUGAUGGGGACAGGGGUCCCCCAGUUACCUUGCACCACCUCCAAAUCUAUUCCUGCCAGCUUCACCUCUUGAACAAUGAUGUGAAAACGAGACACCCUGAGGGCCCAGCCCAGCAACCUGCGCGAGUAUUGUGGCUUGGACAAGAUGGCAGACCUCUAACCGAAACAUGGGGCAAUUAAAAAGCAAAACAAAACCCCACCACGCAUGCAAACAAGCCAAGGAAACGACAAAGCCGAUCUCGAGAGUUUGCUGUUCUCUGCUUUUGACCUUCACUCCCGAUUUACCUAUAGCUCCGGUGCAAGGCCACACCUCCUAUCAGGGAAUUUCAGGAACCGGAGAUGACUGAGGCUCCCCACAGCCAUCUCUCUCCUCCUACCUCAGCCUGGACCUUCCUCUGCCUCCCUGGGAGGUGCUUUUCCUCCCCUUACCCCCUUCACUGUUCCUGGAGUCCCAGGCCCCAGGGAAACCCACGGGGCCACUUGGGUAUUGUGCCUGCCAUGAUCUCGAGUGGAUGUGAGAUGCUGAGAGCCAGUUUUGUGUGUGUAUGUGUCUGUCUGUCUGUCUGUCUGUGUCAUGUGCUGUUGGUCUGUGUAACCAUGUUGUUGGGUUGAAUGUCCUGCCUGAAGCAGCUCAAACCAACAAUUUUGUCAAAGGAUUCUUUUCCAUUAAAAAGUCAGUCCGCUUCCCCCAGACACAUGCCCCAGAGCCCCGCAGAGCGUGGACACGUGUGGCCUUGACUGGAUUCUGGAAGGAAGACGGGACUCCUGGAGAAGCCAGUUGGGGCCCAGGGACUCGGAUCCCUUGUUGAAAAAUUCCACUGGACUUGAACUUGGCAGCUGAACUUUUGGAAGGUAGGAGAGUCCAGUCAUUACCAUCAAGAGAAAGUAACAGCUUUCCAGAAAAUCCGGAUUCCCCUAGAGUCAGGAUAUUCUACUGCCUCGACCGGCCAGGGUCUCUGCCCACAUUGGACGCCGUGUGGCAAUGGAGCGUGUCUGCCCUCUGGUGGACCAUCCUGGGAGGGCCUCAGGCCUCACUGCCAUUUCCUGGGGAAGCUCUGAAUUGGAAGGAGACCUCUCUGCAUGUGACCUCAGUUCCCAGGCUUGUGUGGAUCCCAAGACAAGAGUUUGCACCGUAUACUGGACAGCGUUCCUGCUUGGAAAUAAACCUUUUGUUUGUUACG